UUGAACAACAUGGCGGCGCCCAUGUAGCGGUGUGAAUCUGUCAAAUGUCAGUGUAUCGUGUGUUGUUUAUGCGUCACCAGAAUGAAGCUUUGAAUGGAUUUAUAAUAUAGACCACGCGGAAAGGAUCGCAAUAUAUCGGGACAGGUCCCGUUGUUCGUCGACGGUUGUCGUUGUCCGAGUUCCCAGUGUGACCACUCUCCUCCUGCGCUCCUGAAGGUCCCGGGGUCCCGCUGAUGUCUGUGUGGAGGGUCACCGUGUUCCCGUGGAGGCCGGGGUCGCGUGUCCAGCUGAUCCGGGGUCUGUUCAGUGAGUCUGGGGUGUGGGAGCGGGACUACAGGGCCGAGACCCGGCGUCGAGUGGAGCAGAGCUGGAGCGCCCGCAUCCAGGAGCAGUGGAAGAGGGAUCAGGCACACCAGAGCUCCCGGAAGAAGUUCUACGUCCUCUCCAUGUUCCCGUACCCGUCGGGUCGUCUGCAUAUGGGUCACGUGAGGGUUUACACCAUUAGCGACACCAUCAGCCACUUCCAGAGGAUGAGGGGCCAUCAGGUGUUGAACCCCAUGGGCUGGGAUGCUUUCGGUCUGCCGGCUGAGAACGCUGCCAUCGAGCGGGACCUGGACCCAGAGGCGUGGACCAAAAGUAACAUGGAGUCCAUGCGGAAGCAGCUGGACAGCCUGGGGCUCUGCUUUAAUUGGGAGCGGGAGAUCACAACCUGUCUGCCUGAUUAUUAUAAGUGGACCCAGUAUCUGUUCCUCAAGCUGUUCGAGGCUGGACUGGCCUAUCAGAAAGAGGCGCUGGUGAACUGGGACCCCGUGGAUCAGACGGUUCUGGCAGAUGAACAGGUGGAUGAGAGCGGGCGCUCAUGGAGGUCUGGAGCUCCCGUGGAACAGAAGCUUCUAAAGCAGUGGUUCAUCAAAACCACAAACUAUGCCAAGCCUCUCCUGGACGCUUUGGCCGAUCUCCCUGAAUGGUAUGGAGUCAAGGGCAUGCAGGCCAACUGGAUUGGCGACUGUUCCGGCUGCUUUUUCAACCACAUACUGAAGGCAGAUGGUCAUGACACAGGGGAGGUGUUGUCUGCAUACACCUGUUCUCCAGAGGCCGUGUUCGGAGCAGCGUAUGUCUCAGUCCUGUCCUCACACCGGCUGCUGCACGGCUCCAGUGCCCUCAAACCAGCUCUGCUCCGAGCCCUGAGACCUGGGAGAGACAGCCUGACUGAAGUCACUGCCCUCAACGUGUUCACUGGCCGUGAGGUUCCUGUGGUAAUCUCUGCCAAGAAUGAGUUCGACGGACAUCUGGACACUGUGAUAGGCAUCCCAGAUAGCAGUGAGGAGGAUGAGAGGUUGGCUCAGUCUCUGGGUUUGAGCUGGAACUCAGUUCUGAAGACAGAAGAAGAUGGAUCACAGACUCUAAUGAACUCAGAUGAGUUUACAGGGCAAACCCGGGAAGAAGCCUUUAACUCGGUUACCCAGAAAGCUCGGGAGAAGAACGUUGGUGGAUACCUCACUAGUACCAAGUUACGUGAUUGGCUAAUCUCAAGGCAGCGCUACUGGGGCACACCCAUUCCCAUAGUGCACUGCAGCUCCUGCGGGCCCGUGGCAGUUCCAGCGGAGGACCUGCCGGUCGUGCUGCCUAAAGUGCCUUCCCUCACAGGGAAAGGGGUGUCGCCCUUAAAGACGGCACAGGAUUGGCUGAGGUGCCAGUGUCCGAGGUGUAAAGGGCCGGCGGAGAGAGAAACCGACACCAUGGACACCUUUGUGGAUUCUUCCUGGUACUAUUUCAGAUACACAGACCCUCACAACACGCUGAGGCCUUUCGAGCGUUCCCGAGCGGAUCACUGGAUGCCUGUGGAUGUGUACAUCGGAGGGAAGGAGCACGCCGUCAUGCACCUGUACUACGCACGCUUCCUCAGCCACUUCUGCAGAGACCAGGGCAUGGUUUCACACAGGGAGCCCUUCAGAAAACUGCUGGUUCAGGGUCUCAUAAAGGGCCAGACGUUCAGCGUGGCAGAGACCGGCCAGUACCUGCAGAAAGAAGACAUUGAUUUCACAGGUUCAGAGCCCGUUCAGAGGGGCACCGGGAGCCGACUGCAGGUCACAUGGGAGAAGAUGAGUAAAUCUAAACACAACGGGCUGGACCCGCAGGAGGUGCUGCACCAGUACGGCCUCGACACCACGCGCCUCUACCUCCUGUACGCCGCGCCGCCCGAGCAGGACAUCCUGUGGGACGUCAAGACUGAUGCCAUCCCAGGGGUGUUGAGAUGGCAGGCCCGUCUGUGGGGUUUGGUCACCAAACUGAGAACGGCCCGCGAGGGUCAAGAGACGCCUGACCCGUCCGUCCUGAACAAGAGAGAGCGCUCCGAGGCCAGGAAGAUCUGGGAGAACAAGAACUACGCCAUCUCACAGGUCACGGGUCACUUCACAGAGGACUUCUUGUUUAACGCGGCCAUCUCUCGACUCAUGGGCCUGACCAACACACUCUCACAAGCCUCGGCUGCAGUGGUUCUGCACAGCGUGGAGUUCGAGGAGGCUUUGGCUUCGCUCUGUGUGAUGACGGCACCCAUGUGUCCACACCUGGCGUCUGAACUCUGGACAGGUUUGUCUGAGGUGAGGAAUCCCCUAGGAAGUGUGCGGUCUGGGAAGGGAAGUGUCCUUCAGCAGCCGUGGCCUAGCGUGGACCCAGAGUACCUGCAAACCCCUGACACACUCCAGCUGUCCGUACGGAUCAAUAAUAAGGCGUGUGGGAGUGUAUCUGUUCCUCGUGAAGUGGCCCAGGACGCACAGAAGGUUCAGGAUCUGGUGUUGAAGAGUCCUCUGGGCGCCCGUCUUCUCUCGGACCGCGUUAUUAAGAGAGUCAUCCUCUCACCCAGAACUGCACUCAUCAACUUUCUGCUGGACGAAUAACAUGGCGAGAUGUGCCUUAUUGGAGUCUGGGAUCCAGGCAUGAAAAAGACUCUGAAAUCCAAAGA